AGAAAUAACUUGCCUGGCAUUUCAACAUGGACGCUCGGAGCUAGCGCGCAAAAAUGAUGGCAUAGAUAAGUCACUGCGCCCAAAAUACUCAUAGUGUGUGAUAAGAACUGUGAUAGAUUUGUUUUUAGUGACAUUUUAGAUAGAAAAUCAGAACAGUGAAAAUGUCUUCUUCAAUGUUCACUUAUGAAGAAAAUAAUGUAGUAAAAACUAUUCUGUCUGGAUGCAAUGUGUUGGUAAACUUUCUUAUGGGUGUUAUAGUGGCGCUGCCUCUCCUCUUUGCAGUGGUAAAGGAUUUCAAUGAACCUUCAGCACCAGAUAAUAUUAUAAUGCUUCAUAUUCUGCUGUGUGUACCUGGGUAUCAGCUGCUGAUGUCUCACUCCUUCCUCAGUCUAUGCCCUUACAAUUCAUGGUCUUCGACGCUCAAAAAGGCUAACCAGAGACGAGCACAUUGGAUCCUGCAGCUGCUGGCAUCAGGAAUGGCAAUUAGUGGCAGUAUUAUUAUUAUGAUCAAUAAGGACACCAAUUUUACUACUACCCAUGGACGUCUUGGUCUUAGUGCCCUAAUCUUCACAAUGCUGAACCUCAUAACUGGAGUGCCAACCCUCUUCGCUCAUUCACUAAAGAGGUUCAUUCCAAAAUCCGUCUUCAAGCUCAUUCAUAUUAUCCUGGGUAUCACUGCAUUCGCCCUGGCCACCUCUUGCCUCUGCCAUGGGUAUAAUAAGGAAUCUUUCAGAACCUGGACCAAUGAUAGGGUGACUUCUGGCAUCAUUGCUUUCACUGUCAUCUUCACAUUCCUGAUGCUGGUCAACCCUUUGAUCACUUUGGGUAAAAAAGUUUAUAGACUUAUAGAGGAAUAUAGGAUGAGGUAUUAAUAAAAUUCUAGUAAUG